GAAUCAGAAGAUUCUUACGACGCGGUCGUUUUAAGUUCCCGGCUGCUGCGUCUCUUGCUGGUGUUACGGUUGAGAGAACCUCUUUUUGAAAAUGGAGAAAUCGACUUCCACCGCAACUCCUCCUCCUCCUCCUUCCGCUACUUCUUCUCUUCCGCUUCCUACAGCAGCAGCAGCAGCAGAUCAGAGAUCUUCGCCGGCGAUGGACUUAGAUAACCCGCCGGUUCCGAAUCGGCCACAUGUAGGAGGAGCUCAGGUGGCUCCGUCAGAUCCGUCGGCAAGGGGGAGAAAGAGGGGGCUGGAAGGGAAUCUGAAGGUGGAGAACUCCAACUACUACAAGAUGCGUCUCCUUGUCAAAGAUCUUCGCCCUCACGUUCUCGAGGUUCUACGAGCUCCCGACUUCAGAAACUGCAAGGCAUCAAUCGAAAUUCAAGAGAGUGAGUCUCUCUCUCUCAUUACAACACUCUGUUGUUUUCUUUUUAAAAUUAUUGAUUAUUUUGCAGAGAUGAAGCUUUUGGUUCAACUGUACCAAAAGAUGAUUGGACAAACACCCAAACUUGAGAAAUCAACUAAGACCGAGUCCUUAUCCAACGGCAAGGCACUCAAUCCAACACCUGAGUCAAGCACUACUGAUAAUAAGCACAACAACUCUGUUGUUGUUGAAGACAAGGUCGUUGGAGGGUCUGCUUUUGGCUGGAACUUCGUCACCUAUGGAGGCACUGAUGCUGUUUACUGUGGCCUCUCCAAGGAAGAAUACAGAACCUCUCACCCUAUUGUUCAAGCGGAGGCACAUGUAGAGGCUCAAUUAUAAAAAGGUUUCUUUAGCCUUCCUGUUUAUGUUGUUUGUUUUAUUUAAUAUCGUCUAGUACAUGAUGCACUUUGGUGUCUGUACAUCCCAUUAUGUUGUUGUAUCAACUGAAACCAAUGGGAGUAGCUUCUACUCUUUCCCUGAAUGUUUAAUUAGUACAAUGUUUAGCAGUUCUCAACGCUUACCAAUCGAACACAAACAUUGAAGAUUGC